AUUCGCGAUGACCAGCAACCAGCUGCUAGUUGUCUGUUGUCUGUCAUUAUCACGGAUUAUCAUGACACGAUAACGAUGCAUGUUCGUACAAACGUACGUGAGGUUGAUUGACCGUUUCCACCGUGAUAACGCGACAACGACGACGACGACGACAGCAAAGGCAAAGGUGCCGCGAAGGCACGUGCGGAUCAGCUGAUUGGCGGAGACCCCGAGAGCGGCUCGCGUAUCCAUCGUCUUCAGUCACAGGUCGAUCAUCGUCAUGGCGGGCUUUGUACUCCGGGUGAAAACUAAGUCGGGUCAGAAGAUUGUCAACGGUCUCGCGCCUCACGACAAGGUGUCCCAGCUGAAGGCGAAGCUUGCCGAACUCACCGGCAUUCCUAUCGCCGCUCUCCACGUGCUCGCCGGUUUUCCACCAAAGCCCGUCGAUCUCGAUACAGCCGACGCCACCAUCGAGCGUAUCGGCAUCAUCUCCGGGGACACCCUCAUCGUCGAGGAAAAACAAAUUAUGUUCAAUAUAUCCAACGAUUUUGGUCGAUCACACAUUGUCGAUCAGGAAAGUCUCACCAAUGCUCCUGGUGUCCUUAUGAGGAAAGUUGUGCCCGCAGAUAAUUCUUGUCUUUUUACCAGUGUUGGUUAUGUUUUGAAUGGGAAGGUUGAUACCAGUUGUGCCAGUUUCAUGAGGGAGAUCAUAGCAAACGCAGUGGCGGCGGAUCCGGACGAAUAUUCGGAAGCAUUUCUGGGUAGACCCAAUGCCGAUUAUUGUAAAUGGAUUCUCAAAGCCGAUUCCUGGGGUGGGGCCAUCGAAUUGUCAAUUCUGUCCAAGUUUUACGGCUUAGAAAUAGCGGUGAUCGAUAGUAUUAAUGCAAUCAUCAAUAGAUUCGGCGAGGAUCAGCAUUAUGCCCAGCGGGUUUUCCUCAUAUUCGAUGGUAUCCAUUAUGAUCCACUUUACCUGGAGCCACUUGAUGGCAGCAGCAUUCAAACGAUCUUUCCUACUGAAGAUGAGAGAAUGUUGCUGGAAGCUGCUCAACUCGCGAGAGAAGCAAGAUCGAGUCGUCAGUUUACAGAUGUGCAAAAGUUUACGCUGAUGUGCAUCGACUGCAAGAUUAGAUUGAAUGGACAAGCGGCGGCGCAACAGCACGCCAAAGACACUGGUCACACGAAUUUUGGCGAAGUGGCGGCGUAGCCGCAUAUCCUCUACUCAUUUGAUCAAACUUUUCGGUGACUAUCCUUGACCCUAAACAGUAUACAGCAAUCUUCUAUUCGAUUCGAAGACAUUAUUCGGACAAUUAAUUAAUUUAUUCAUACUGCUGCAUCACUUUAAUAUAAGUACUUAUUACUACAGAUUUUGUGUACCACAAAAAUCAAAGACUGGAGAGUGUGCUGGAAGGGAGAAGAGCGAGAGAGAAAAAGAGAUAGGAUCAUGAGUGAUAUUAUUUUUAUAAAUUAUAUUGAAACAUAUUGUGCAGUUAUAUGCUAGGUAACAGUUUCAAUAACUAUUAUAUAUUUUUUAGGUAUUAAAAUUUGUGAUAAAAUUUUUUAUCGAUAUUUACAUAUAUACAUAUAUAUAUAUAUGUGUCUGUGUAUAAUAUGUGUUAUAUGUGUGCGUGUUACGUAGUGUGGUACACACACACACAUUAUAUAUAUAUAUUAUAUGUAUAUAUCUAGAAUUAUAUCUUAAAAAUAUUUAUGCAAUAUAUGUGAUUUGAUUUGUAUUAUAGUGCAAUUUUGUAUAAAUAUCAAAGAAUAUUUUAUACUGUUUAGGAUUAAAGAAAUGCCAUUUCUCGUAGGCGCGAUAAGAGCAUGUUUUCUACUCAAGCAAAAUACAAUUUACAGAUAGCAACACUAUCAUUAGAGUGAAUCGUUUGCACUGCACUCUCUAUUGAGAAUUGUUAAUGCGCAUAAUAUACAAGUUAUUGAUUUUGAUUAAA